UAGUCUGUCGAACAACACAUCCAACUGGAUGACUAUUGACUAAAGACAAAUGAGAUUGUCCAAAUAUGCAGCUGGAGUUUCAAAGGUUGCGUUUUUGUUGUUGUAGCAAUAAUAGGACGAAUCUCUGGCCACUGCGGUAAAUAGGCGCCAAAACCCGACCGCACUUCCGGGUUCUCUAACGCCAGAAUGUCCCUCUAUAACUCAUGUUUUUUUAUUUAUUAUUUAAAUGAAAAUAUAGACACAACUACCGUUGGAACGUAACACCACGUUACAACACGAUGUGAAAGAAAAUAAAAGUAAGUUGUUUUUUUAAAGUUAACAGCGUGUACAUGAAGCUAGCACGGAGGAGAAAAUGGCGGAAGAAGACGUCGCCUUCUUGUUGGGGAGGUAACCAAGAAGACACCAACUGAAGAUACUCACGACGCCCAUGGAGAUAAGGUACCAGCCUCACUACUCAUCAAUCAUGAGCAAGAGAAGGAAAUCCAAAAUAGGAUGAAUGUUGCCCGCUAACUCUGAACAUCUGGCAGUCUUGUUGGGAGGAGGGCGACCUUGUCAAUGGGAGCUCUUGUCUGGCGUGUCAACUCCAGCAGAACAGCACCUCGCAAGAAGAUGAACUACUGCUUCUAGAAGCGAGCACAAAGAGACCCAAAAGAUGAACUACUGCUUCUAGAAGCGAGCACAAAGAGAGUGAAACAUUGGAGCAGACGGAAGCCGAGAGAGUGAGGUGAAAGCCACUUAAAGUUGCAAAUGUGGAAUUUGGAGACUAGCUAUUUCGACAUAAAUGGCAUGCCUGCCCAAAGUCAACAGGAAUCGUCCCGGGCCAGCUGGACCGGUCGAACAACUGUCCAUAGAGCAACGAAGACGACUAUUUUUGAACAAAUGAGGAUUCACAACCUCAUACUUUUGAAGCUGAAUAUACAGAAGAUGAACUACUGCUUCUGGAAGCGAGCACGAAGAAGAGAGUGAAACAUUGGAGCAGACGGAAGCCGAUAGAGUGAGAUGAAAGUCACUCAAAGUUGCAAAUGUGGAAUUUGGAGACGAGCUAUUUCGACAUAAAUGGCAUGCCUGCCCAAAGUCUACAGGAAUCGUCCCGGGCCAGCUGGACCGGUCGAACAACUGUCCAUCGAGGUUCCAAUCCAAUCCAGAAGAGCAAGGGUGGGGGUGCGGGGCAGGAUCCCGCCGCUCCAGCUGCAGCAGUGGAAUGUCAAUCCCUCCAAGAUUUUGGAGGAAAGAUGUUUUUGCAGCCUGCCCGAGGCGCUCUGUGUGGAGCGAAGCGUUUGACUUGGACAUGAUUUGUUGUCACUACACACUGGGGGGCCACAUGAACUGUUUAUCCUGAGGACCAAAGAUCGCUCUAAUCCAGAGAGGGACAAAGACAGAGCCCGAUUGUUUCACAUCUAUUCUCCGCACCAUGAGCUGGGACUGAAGACCGGCGUCUCAGUUGAAAGCGCUUUGAAGAAAGCAAACGCCACCAUGGAUGUGAGGAAGAAAGAAAUGGACCUCCUGAGCAACAGCAUAGCUGCUUAUGCACACAUUAAAGCAAACCCGGAGACUUUCGGCCUUUACUUCGUGCUGGGCGUGUGUUUCGGCCUGGUGUUGACCCUCUGCCUGCUGGUCAUCCGCAUCUCCUGCAAGCCACGCGCCAAGCAGGCCUCGUCCGCCGCCGCGCCCGAGAAGAAACCGCCGAAGGACGUCGUCGUCGUCGUCGGCGAGGAGGAGGAGGAGAGCGAGGAGGACGAGGACGAGGAGAGGUCUCGGGACGCGGAAGCGCCCACCCCGCUGCUCGCCACCGAGAUCCCCGUCUGCAACCACAGCAGCAACCACUCGGACGGCACGCUGAACGUCUUCACUUCGGCCGACGAGCUGGAGAGGGCGCAGCGGCUGGAGGAGCGGGAGAGGAUCAUACGGGAGAUCUGGAGGAACGGACAGCCGGACAUCCUGGGGUCGGGGACGGGGACCAUCGGAAGGGUGCAUUACUACUAAGUCACAUGACACUUUGAAGGCCUGUGACCUUGCACUUGCUACACUUCUAUACUGACCAUAACAACCAAGUCCUGUCUUCAAAGACUGGAGAGUGACUGGAGCUGAUGACACUUGAAGUUUUGGCUAUGGCGCUUAUUGUGUUAUGCUUGUGGUGAGUACAACAUGGAAGCAUUCAUAUGGAGAAUGUAUAGACCAGGGGUGGCCAUUACGUGGAUGGCGGCGGGUGUGUCAGUCCAUCGCCAGCCAGGCAUUACAAAAAUAGACCUAAAAAUUAGUAUUCAUCAAUCUUCACCAAGAUGUCACUUUCGUGACUUGAUUGACAUUCACAGCACCCGAUGGUCUUGUGAGAUGAUGCUGGCUGCUGCCAGAUCACUAUUAAGAAAAAACGACCGACAGAAAGGCGAGAAACACUUUUUAUUUCAACAGACUCUCACGCGCCGUACCUGCCGUCAAAACUCUCUAAAGACCGACUGCACAGUUCCUGUCUUCACAAUAAAAGCGCUGUUUCAACCUGCCUGCGCCGACAAAAUAAGAGUCUCAGAAAGCUAGCGCACUCAAGCUAGCAAGCUACGGCAUCAAUCAAUCAAUCAAUCAAUGUUUAUUCAUAUAGCCCUAAAUCACAAAUGUCUCAAAGGGCUGCACAAGCCUCAGCGACAUCCUCGGCUCAGAUCCCACAUCAGG